UUUCCACUUUUCAAUCACUUUUUUUUUCCCUCCCAGUCCUUCUCACAAGGCGCUCUUUAAGCUCCGGUGUUGCCACACAGAGCAGCCAUUCAUCGGCUCUACAGUCAGCCACACACACUCCCAUGCUGAACCACUGGACAUAUAAAUUGAUAUAACGGUUAUUGCUGAAAGGGAUUUUCUAGCCGAUGGUGGAAAGAGUUCGGAUAUUUUUAUGAAGCAGAAUGGCUUUGCCUGAGAAGAGUCAGCAAUAACUGGGACGCUCAUAUAAAAAGAUUAAAUUCCGCUUAAUAGGUUGGACUCUCUGUAAAACAUAUUUUUCUCUGCGGGUUGUUUUGUCAUUCAUUGCAUUUAAAGAAAAUGUCUGGCGAAGAGCAUAGCCUGUCCGAGUCGGAGCUGAGUCCUGGAGGAUCAGACGACGGUCACUCAUUGUCACCCAGUCAACCUGGUGCGCCGCCCGGCCAGGACUCGCCUCUGACUGGGCCGGGUCCGCAGCUGGCCGGGCUCUGUGUCGGGGACGGCAGCGGUGAUGAUGGCAGACCCAGAGCCAAAUCAGACGAAGAGGAUGAUCGCUUCCCGAUCGGCAUCAGAGAGGCGGUCAGUCAGGUGCUGGAUGGAUAUGACUGGACACUUGUGCCUAUGCCGGUGCGCGUAAACAAUGGAAACAAAGCGAAACCCCACGUCAAAAGGCCCAUGAACGCCUUCAUGGUGUGGGCGCAAGCGGCAAGAAGGAAGCUGGCCGACCAGUACCCCCACCUGCAUAACGCAGAACUCAGCAAGACCCUCGGCAAACUGUGGAGGCUGCUGAACGAGAGCGACAAGAGACCAUUCAUUGAGGAGGCAGAGAGGCUGAGGAAACAGCACAAGAAAGACUACCCAGAGUACAAGUACCAGCCCCGGAGACGCAAAAACGGCAAACUGGCGCCUGCUAGUGAGUCCGAUAGCCAGGGGGAAGGGGAGGCCAGCCACUCCCAGUCACACUACAAGACUCUUCAUCUGGAACACAAUGGUGGGGCUGGGUCUCCACUGAGCGACUUGCAUCACCACCACCAUCAUCACCAUCAUCCUGCUGGUCAGGGUCACAGCCCACCCACACCCCCCACCACCCCAAAGACAGAGCUCCAGUCGGGGAAACUGUCAGAUGCCAAGAGAGAGGGGGGAGCAGGGGCGGCUGGAGGAUCAGGGGGUUCCAGAGGAGCCCUUGGUGUGGGGGCUGAAGGAGCAUCUGGUGGCCCCUCAUCCUCAAGUGCUAAGCCUCACAUCGACUUCGGCACCAUGGACAUCGGCGAGAUCAGCCAUGAGGUGAUGUCCAACAUCGAGCCGUUUGAUGUAAACGAGUUUGACCAGUACCUCCCUCCAAACGGCCACCCUCAGAGCAGCAGUGGGUCCUCUGCAGCAGGAUCAUCUGCCUCCUCUUAUGCUUACGCCCUGGCUGCUGCUAGCGGGCACUCAGCCUGGCUCUCCAAGCAGCAGCCUCAGGCGUCCCCGUCGUCCUCCGACCCCUCCAAGGCUCAGAUCAAGAGUGAGUCUGCUUCUGGUAGCCACUACGUUGAGGCCUCCUCCUCUCCCUCAUCAGGCACCCAUGUCACUUACACCCCGCUCAGCCUCCCUCACUAUGGCUCCGCUUUCCCCUCACUGGCCUCCAGGGCACAGUUUGAGUAUGGAGAGCACCAAGCCCCUGGGGCGUACUAUGCCCAUUCCAGCCAGGCCCCUGGGCUGUACUCAGCCUUCUCCUACAUGGGCCCUACACAGAGGCCUCUGUACACUACCAUAGGAGACCCCUCCAGCGUAGCCCCCUCUCACAGCCCCACACACUGGGAGCAGCCUGUUUACACCACACUCACAAGACCAUGAGGGAGCUGAGCAGAGGGAAAUAUUGGAAGCUUGUGAGUGGAUUUGUGUGUGUGCAAAUAUGUGAGUGUGUGACUGUGUGUGUGUGUGUCUGUGCCAUAUCGACAUACAUUAGAGUUUUGUACUUUUUUUAGCCAAUGUAAUGCAAUAUGCAUCCAUGGGGCCUUACACAGUUAUAAAACAGCCACAAAUGCACACAGUAUAAAGUGUGAUUCAAUGGUCAACAGCCAAUCAGAAAUAAGAAAACCUUAACAAAUGUGUGCCGUCAUAAAUGGAUGUGUUGGGAACAGGAAGCAUGUAUAAAAGAGAAGGAUGAGUGAGAGAGGCACUCAUCAACACAAAAUGUUGGACUGACUCUUAUUUGACCCAGAACCGGUGGGUUUAGACAGACAUAAUCAGAUUUUAUUAACCAAACUAAAGGAUGUUUUGUGUUAUUUUAUAUAAGUAGUAAGUUUAUUGUCAUUGUUGAUAUGCUAGGGUGUAACUUUAUUGUGACUGAUUUGAUAUUACACAUAUAUGUCUACACCACUGUUUUGGGAAAAAAGCAUGUUUUGUUUCACUAAGAUGUUUCCUUUGUUGGUUGAUUUUUUUCAUGGCCAGAAAAGGAUAGUUGCAACUUUUUUCUCUCUCUCUCUGUAGAUAGCACAGUGUGUAUCUCUGUCCUUCCUUUACAUUUAUUGAACUUAACAACUAAGCAUUUAAGGGGAAAAUAGGAAAAAGAGAGGGAAAGAGAGCUCUUUAAGAUGUAUUUCAACUUGCCGCUCAGUCUUGGAUACUUACCUCAACUCUAUUCAUUUUGUGCCAAUAGCAAAGGAGAAAUAUGACCACGAAUACCUGAUCAGAUAAAGUGACCUUUAGAGCCUACACUUUAGUAUUAUUUCUUGCCUUUUAAGUGCCUAACAGUUUGCUGAUUCACCUUUGAUUUAUCCAGUUAGUGAGUUAACAUCUAUAAGUACAAAGUCUCAACCAAAUAUUUUGAGAUAAUUGGCCAGCUUUGAGUCUUACUUAAGGAUUAGAAUCACAUGUACAAUCGUUCUGCACUGCAUGUUGGCCAAAACCUUGUUUUCGUCUUUACAGUUUCUUCCUAUGUUGCUCCCCUCUUCUUCUUCACCAAUGUGAAUAAUGGUCAUUACCACAGCUUCACCUUCAUUAAGUGCCACAUGUUUUAUUGUUUUAUACUGACCCUUCUAUCAAGUCAUUAUUUUUAUGUCAGUAAUAAUGUGUUGUGUGUCACACCUUUGCUUCAUCCAUUUUGUAAAAUUCUGGAUAGUUUUGUAAAGUGCUAUACAUUCACUUGAGUAUUUUGCUUCCUUACCAGAAAAGCAAUGUUGAAAUAUUAUUGUCAUCUAUUAAAUCAAUUUAUUUAUAAAGA